UUAUGUUCGUACAUAUCGAUAACGCUAUUUGCUUGAUAUCGAUAUAAUUGAAUCGGUUUUUCAUCCCUAAAUAUCACUAUUUUAAUAUACAAUACACAUGUAAACAUAACCUGUACCGAAAAACAGAUUUGUUUUAUUUAAUUAUUAAUAAAAAUUGAUACUGAACAUGCGUUUCGAUUUUAUAAUGCAAUUGUUUAUUCUUAAUGUAGGAGUACAAUCUUUUAUUUUGUAUAUUUACUUUAAUUAUUACUUUCAAAUAUUGUUGACUAAAUAUUUUAGUAAAUUUCAGAAUGAAUAUGAUUAUAUUAUUAGUAAGUAUAUCAACAAAUUACUUUUGUUAAUUUCUUCAAACACAAUUCGUGAUAAAAUAGGCAAUAUUAAUAAAUAUUCUAACUUAAAUAUAUUUAAAAAAAUAGUUGUACCAUCAAUAUCAGAAAAAAUACUAUAUAGAAACAAAAAAAACCUAUAUAGUUACAACUAGUUUAUCUGUACUGGCAUUAAUUGUUGCCAGUUUUGUUGAACUUUCAUGUAUAUUAAAUUAUAUGCUACUUUUUUCAUGGGUUUUUAUUAUCAAUCCAACCAUGUAUAAUUUUACAGUUGGCUCUGGAACUGCUGGAUCAGUCAUAGCACACAAUCUGGUGACUAAAACAAAUUUCACAUUUAUUGUAAUAGAAGCGGGAGGUGAAAGCAACUCAUUAUUUGAGAUACCAGUUCUAGGUCCUAUGUUACACAACUCUGUGUUCGACUGGCAAUAUGAAACAAUACCACAACAAAAUGCCUGCUUAGCAAUGAAUUAUAAGAAAUGUAAGUUACCACAAGGCAAAAUUGUUGGCGGGUCAUCAAAAUUAAACAACAUGGUACAUAUCAGAGGAAAUAUUUCACAUUAUGCUAGUUGGUUCUAUGGAAAGUAUCAUGAAAGUUAUUUGAAUAGACACUUUGAUAUGAUAGAGAAGAACUUGUUACAUUUAAAUGAAGUACAAUAUGAGAGUGAAAUGGCAACAGCAAUUGCUGAAGCUGCUGAAGAGUUGGGAUAUAGCAGAUUGGGUUCAGAAUUUAAAGUAGGCUACAGAAAAAGUAAGUUGUCACAGAAAAAUGGUAAACGGUGGACAAUUUCCGAUAACUUAGAUUCAUCAAAGUAUGUAUUGAGCAAUGCUUUAGUAGAAAAAGUUAUCAUAGUUAAUGAUAUAGCCAAAGGUGUAACUGUUCAAAUAUCAGAUAAGAAACACAAUAUAUUUGCUAGAAAAGGAGUUAUUUUGUCAGCUGGAACAAUUAAUACUCCUAAAAUUUUACAAUUGUCAGGCAUUGGUCCUCCAAAUAUACUAAACAAUUUAAAUAUUCCAGUGAUAAAGAAUCUUCCUGUAGGUUACAAUCUCCAGGAUCACGUAACAACCGGCCUUGAUUUAAUUUUAUUCAAUAAAACCUUAUCAGUGAAUGCAAUGAGUAUGUUGGAUGUUUUCAAUGUUUAUCAAUACUUUUUCCAUGGAAAAGGUCCUUUAACAACAGCGGGGUGUGAAGCUAUCACAUUUUUGUCAACAAAAGGUGAAAAUAUACCUGAUAUACAAUUCAUGGUGAUGCCAGUUGGGAUCUCUUCAGAUAGAGGCAGUUAUUUAAGAUUAGCUUUAGGUAUAAAUGAUUCAGUAUGGGAAGAUUAUUUUGAAAAGUUCUUUGAUAAGCAUGCGGCAACAAUACUGCCUAUUGUGCUACAUCCAAAAAGCAAAGGACAAGUGCAUAUUAUAACUACAGAUCCUGAAACACCUCCCUUGAUUGAUCCUAAGUAUUUAUCGCAUGAUGAAGAUGUGAAAACUUUGAUUAAGGGAUUGAAAUUAGUGCAGAGAUUUUUGAAUACCAAAGCUAUGGAAAAAGUGGGUGCCUUCAUCAACCCUCAACAUUAUCCGGGCUGCAAAAGUCAUACUAUAUUUUCUGAUUCAUAUUGGGAUUGUUACGUUAGGCAUUUAACAUUAACUAGCUAUCAUUACGUAGGAACUUGUUCCAUGGGCCUAACUAGUUCAAAUAGUGUAGUGGAUACUUCUUUUAGAGUUUUUGGUGUUGCCAAUUUAUAUGUAGCAGACGCAUCAGUGUUGCCCACUCUGCCAAGUGGUAAUAUAAAUGCGGCUGUUGCAAUGAUGGCCAGUGUAUUUUUUGAUGAAAAUAUCAAUUUAGUUAAAAAAGUUAGAAAUAGUGAGCACUGUCACAAGUAUCAGUUAUUAUAUGAAUUAAUUCAUAAAAUAUGUUUGAUAUAAUAUUGUGGAAAAUAUUAAAUACUGUAUACCCAACCUCAUUAAAGAUCUUUGCCUACUAUGGUGUGGGUAUAAACAAAAAAAAAUUGUGUAGUAUUUUUUAAAUGGUUUCUGAAACAUACAGCCAAUUUGCUGAUUUGUUUAAAGCAUUACAAAACUUGAUUAUAGGGCCUGUCUUCUUCAGCUUUUGAGGUAAAUUAUACAAGGGCGGAAUGAUAAAUAGCUAGCCUAGCAAAGAAAAAAUUAGUGUGUUAAAAGUAUAUUUAUUUUUCGACAUAGUGUCCUUGAAGCGCUAUGCACUUCAUCAAUCUACUGUCAACUGUAAGUAAUCGCGGCACCCACCUUGCGGAUAAUUUUUUCAUACAUAAUUCUUGAGUCAAAAUGUAAUGCGCGUUCUUUCAGUAUCAGCUAUCUCGGAAAGUUUCAAUAUUCGGUCAACUAAAACUGCACCAUGAAUUUUGAUCACAAU